AGGUUAGAGAGAGAGAAUAGGCAUGGCGGUCCACGGCAGAGAAUGACCAAUCUUUCCACUGAAACUUGGCCACAUCUUAUCCACACGCAAACCCACAACAUGAAGCACCGAUAACACACAGACGUCCACACACCCACACCCACAUCAUCUAUCUUCUCAGUCCACCAAAGGCAGCUUAGAGAGGGAAAGUAGAGAGACAACGAGUAUGUCAGUGACAUCACCAUCGAUCCCAUGUGUCAAGAUCUCAAACCCAUCAUCCCCAUCAUCGUGUUCCUCUUCUUCUUCUCCAUCAUCUUCAACCUUCAGAUUCUCUGCAUCUAAGCCCUCCAUUGUCACCAUAAGGAGCUCUCAGACCGAAGGCCCUUUGAGAAGACCAGUCGCUUCUCCUCCUUCUCUGAAACCAGUCCCGCCGUCUCCUCCUUCACCACCUUCCUCUUCGCCGCCACCACCGCCGCCACCGAAGAUGUUGGAGGACAAGAGUGUAAUUACCUUGGAGUUUCAGAGGCAAAAAGCUAAGGAGCUUCAGGAGUAUUUUAAGCAGAAGAAGCUUGAAGAAGCUGAUCAAGGCCCCUUCUUUGGAUUCAUUGGCAAGAAUGAGAUUUCCAAUGGCAGAUGGGCUAUGUUUGGCUUCGCCGUGGGGAUGCUAACAGAGUAUGCAACAGGCUCGGACUUUGUUGAUCAAGUAAAGAUACUUCUGUCCAAUUUUGGAAUAGUAGAUCUGGAAUGACUCUUCUGAUUGAUCUUUAACAUUCAAUACUCUUGUCUUCUGUAAUUGUUGUAGUCAUAUCCAAUGAUUCACUGUAACUUAUUUUGAGUAAUUUCUGUAAAUUUAUGUUUUCUCUAAGUGCUUGAUUGGAAUGACUCAUUCGAAUUUCCGGAAUACAAGAAGUUUGUUGUUUUUGCCA